GUCGGGUGCUGCGUAUCACGAGCCUCCAAACCCCUAAAGCUUCAUUGUCCUCAUCUCCCCUCUCAACCCACCUCAAUUCCAAGGUAUCGCCAAAGCGCAAAAUGGUAUCUUUACAGCCGCGGCGCGUGGCCAUCCUCCUGGCAUUUGCACUUGCCUGCGUCUAUGCCGAGAAACAUGCUGCGUCGGUCGCGUCCAUGAGCGUGCCAGAAAUCGCGGAAAAGCUCCAGGAGUGCCCUCUCGUUCAAGAUCUCAAUUAUUACAAGCAAACCACAUCUCCUCCAACCUCUAGUUUUGCCUCGCGCAUCUUCUCCGUGCUCUUCCCCGGCUCCCCCGCAGUCAACGCCCUCCUCGCAACACUCUACAUCUCGGGCCCGCCCAAUUUCCUGCUCGCAUUAUGUCCGCCCAAUAUCGACCCAGCCUCCCUAAGCGUGAUGGUCGCGUUUGCUGUUGGUGGAUUGCUGGGAGAUACGCUAUUCCACCUACUGCCCGAGAUCUUCCUUGGGGAGGAUAGCCCGGAACAUGUGCGGUUUGUCCUCGUGGAACCAAACAGGAACCUGCUGCUCGGCGUGGCGAUCAUGGUUGGGUUCGUGACAUUUGUGGCUAUGGAUAAGGGCCUUAGGAUUGCGACCGGGGGAGAUGGCGGACACGACCAUGGCCAUGGACAUUCGCAUGAGGUGGAGGUUGUGAAGCCUGUUGGAACAACGAGCGCGCUGAAAGAUUCGCCAGGGAAGAGUGCACGCUCGAGAAAGAAGCAGAAGGAGAACAAAGAGUUGACGGUGGUCAAGGGGGAGAAGGAGGUUAAUGCCAGUGUGAAAUUGGCCGGAUAUUUGAACCUCAUCGCUGAUUUUACCCACAACAUCACCGACGGCUUAGCGCUUGCCGCAUCGUUCUAUUCGAGCCCGACAAUUGGUGCAACGACUACUGUCGCUGUCUUCUUCCACGAAAUCCCACACGAAGUUGGGGAUUUUGCCCUUCUGAUCCAAUCCGGCUUUUCCAAACGUGCCGCUAUGGGGGCGCAGUUUGUUACCGCUGUCGGGGCUCUGUUGGGAACUGUUAUAGGCAUUGUGGUGCAGGAAUACAGUGGUAGUAGCAGUGACGAAAGGGUGGGGAGAACCGAAGGGUUGAUGGGAACCAGCCUAUCAUGGGGCGACAUGUUAUUGCCAUUCACGGCGGGGACGUUCCUGUAUGUUGGGACUGUGGCCGUUAUCCCCGAGCUUCUGGAGACCGGCAAGGACAGCAAGCUGGAACUGUGGAAGACAGCAAAGCAGUUUCUUGCUAUGGCUGCGGGGGCAGGAAUCAUGCUCAUCAUAUCUUGGUCGUAGACGACAAAGGUCACAGAUUAUGGACGGAAAAGACGAACGAUGGGAGUUAUUCUCUGUAUGUAUUAGUUCAUAUGAAAUUUGAGUUUAGAGUAAUGGCAUUUCCCUGUUGAGAUUGGGACCGAGGUCGCUAUCUUCGCCCUCAAUAGACCAGC